AUGGUAUCACUCGUUACUAUAUUAAAGAUUCUCAGCCUUCCAAUCAAGCUACUUUUAGUGAUUCUCAAAUAUCCUUUUUUUGGUGGUGCAAACUUGAAAUUCCAAAACAGUUUGAAAAAUUCAUUGAAGUUGACAAUAUUCAGAUUCGGUCUUUCUUUGUCUAUUAAUGAUAGUGCUUACCUUGCCAAAAAAACAACUCAACAAGUAAUCAACAAUUUGAGAUCAACCUAUCCAAGAUUGACUAACUUGAACAAUUACGGAAAAUCAUAUGAUAAACUCAACGUGUGGCUCGUUGAAGCUGAAAAUAGGUCUAAAAGUGACCCCAUUAUCAUCUAUUUGCAUGGUGGUGGUUACAGGCUCAAUACCAAUCCAGCGCAAGUAGAAUCGCUUUUGAAUGCUUAUCACUUGCUUGAUGAGGAAAAAAGAAGAAGGACGUCAGUGUUGGUUCUUGAUUACAGUUUGACCUGUCAUGGACAUCUUGUUGGAACACAAGUGUAUGAAUUGGCAGCCACAUAUAGAAAAUUAGCAUCACAAGGUAACACCAACUUUGUUUUGAUGGGAGAUUCGGCCGGUGGUAACUUGGCAAUCACAUUCUUGCAGUAUUUGAAACAAGAAAACGACUCAGCAUUGCCAUGGCCAAGGUCAACGGUCUUGGUCAGUCCAUGGACUAAAAUCGUUCCUGAUGCCUAUCAACUCACACCGGGCCAUUCGUAUCAUGACAAUGAAAAAUAUGAUAUGUUAAGCGGAUCCGUUGCUAGAAGUCCAGAGAGAAGAAAAGGUAUGUUUGGUGGAGAGAAUUAUGCUGACUUGUUGAAAUCACCAGGGAAUUUGCCAUACAAUGCUAGUGAUUGGAGUGAUAUUCCAACUUUUAACAAUAAAGGUUACUCCACGUUUGUUAUAUUUGGUGAACAUGAGCUCUUCAGAGAUGAUAUUUGUGAAUGGACUAAAUACGCACUAAAAUCACCGUUAAUUGUGCCAAAGCAAGAUUCAAAAGGAGUUUUCAAUCCUAAGUUAUAUGAAUACAAGUCUUCUGGGAACGAUGGAGCAUAUAUUGAUAUUGUUCUUGAGCCAUGGGGAAUUCAUGUUGCGCCAUUGCUUUUUGAAAAUGAUGUGACUAAGCAGUUAGAGAAGCAACCAAAUUUGUCAUUGAGAGAUUUGGAUCAAGACAAGUUCUUGGGGACUUCAAAGAUAGCCCUGUUCUUAAAUAAAGUGUUGUGA